GUCAAAUUUAAAGCUCUUAUGAAAUAAUUUUCUGUUAAUAUAUGAAUUCAUUAUGUUAAUCGUUUAUAUAACCAGAUUGAUAUCUCUUAUUCUUUCGAAAUUGUUUCAUUCGAGUUUAUGUAUGUGCUUCGAUUUAGUCCAUUAAGAAUAAAUUUAAUUAUUAGAAGAAGGUGAAAAAAGAAGAAAAAGAACGAAUUAUUACAAUAUGAAUCGUGUAAAAAAAUUGCUAUCGAGUAAAGAAACUCGAGAUUAUUUAAUGAGUACUCAUUUUUGGGGACCUAUAGCUAAUUGGGGUAUUCCAAUCGCAGCAAUCGCUGAUAUACAAAGAGAUCCGAAAUAUAUUAGUGGAAAAAUGACGUUUGCUUUAUGCUUAUAUUCAGCAAUGUUCAUGCGUUUUGCUUUAAGAGUUGAACCACGCAACUUACUUCUUUUUGCCUGUCAUUUUGUGAAUGAAGGAGCACAAAUGACUCAAGGUUUUAGAUUUAUUAAAUAUCAUUAUGUAAAUAAAAAUAAGUAAUGAUUGAUAAAAUAGAUACUUGUAAAAAUA